CCUGUAGUCUGUGAUUUUGCAACCAGCACUGUAUGAAGUGAGAGUCGGGGUUUCGCCCAGAUCUGGGAGAUCUCCGUAAGCUGAUCUCCAGCUUAGAGUCGGAGCUGGGAGUGUGGCAGUGAAAGACUGGAAGGAUCUCUUGGUGAAUCUUCAGAUUUUCCAGUGAAGACGAAAUAAAGCUGGGGGUCCAUCUUGCACAUUUUAGCCUUUCUAGGGCCCUAGCAGUGCUGGUUGGAAUUUCAAAAAGCCUAGACUGGGCUCAUAGGAGAUGGUGAAUUCCGAGGGGGAGGAGAAGGGAGAGGGAGAAACAGAUUUAGAGUCUAAACUGAAGACUCCAGCUUAAAAAAAAUCCUCACCUCCCCCCCCUCCCCGCCGGGUCCCUGGAUCCGGCCUUCUCAAGAAACCUAUUUGAGAUCUCUUACUCCAGCUACAGAACAGAGACCAGAGAAUCACAGGAAGGAAUGACUUCUAAAGAUACUGAGCUUCGGAGAUCUCUGUGUAAGAGCUGCAAAAAUGGUCAACUUAGAGUCCCCAAAUGAUGCACACUUUAGUUUGAAGAUCCAUGUACUAUUACAGGGAUCAGUGACACUCCAGGAUGUGGCUGUGGAAUUCACCCCAGAGGAGUGGCAGCUGCUUGACUGUGAUCAGAGAACCUUGUAUUGGGAUGUGAUGUUGGAGAACUUUAGAAACCUCAUCUCAAUGGGGUGUCCAGUCACCAAAACAAUAGUGAUCUUCAAGGUGGAGCAAGGACAAGAGCCAUGGAUGGUGGAGGGAGAGAACCCACGUUGGCGCUCUCCAGAAGCUGACUGCCCACUUAUUGAUGAAUCAGACAAGCACCAGGAAAGCAAAGACAAUUUUUUGAAUUCAGUUUUGUUCAUGUUCAAUAAAAUUCUGACUGUGAAGAGACUUCAUGGUUAUAAUAUGAGCACAAGUCUUAAUCCUACAAGAAAAAUAUCAUAUAAAUGUAAGUCAUAUAGGAAGAGUUUGCAACCUACUUCAGACUUACUUAAUUGUAAUAGAUGUUAUACUGGAGAAAACUCUUAUGAAUGCAGUGAAUGUGGGAAAGCCUUCAAAACGAAGUUUCAUUUUAUUAGACAUGAAAAAAAUCAUACAAGAAAAAAACCCUUUGAAUGCAACGACUGUGGGAGAGCCUAUAGCAGGAAGGCUCACCUUGCAACUCAUCAGAAAAUACAUAAUGGAGAGAGACCCUUUGUGUGCAGUGAUUGUGGGAAAGCAUUUACACAUAAAGCACAACUCAUGGUCCAUCAGAGACUCCACACUGGAGAGAAACCUUAUGAAUGCGGUCAAUGCGGAAAAUCAUUCACCUGGAACUCCUCCUUUACUCAACACGUGAAAUCACAUACACUUGAGAACUCAUUUGAAUGUAAGGAAUGUGGGAAAACCUUCAGGUAUAGUUCAUCCCUUUAUAAACACUCUAGAUUUCAUACAGGAGAGAAACCCUAUCGAUGCAUCGUGUGUGGCAAAGCCUUUGGCAACACUUCUGUGCUUGUUACUCAUCAAAGAAUUCACACAGGAGAGAAACCUUAUGGAUGUAUUGAAUGUGGCAAAGCCUUCAUCAAGAAGUGUCACCUCCUCAGACAUCAGAUAAUUCAUACAGGAGAAAAGCCCUAUGAAUGUAGCAAAUGUAGGAAAGCAUUUUCCCAGAAGUCAAAUCUUAUUUUACAUCAGAAAAUUCAUAUGUAAUAUUCACUUAUGAAUCUGAGAAAACUUUAAAUAUUUGAUAAACCUUAUUAAGUAGAGAAUUUAUGGUGAGGAGAAAUCCACCAAUCUGAAUGAAUUGGAAGAAUAAAUUCCCAUUAAAAAAUGCCAAUCAUGUUCUGCAAGUGAUAAUAAAGUUUUUAGAGAAAAGAUCACAGAAAAUGUUAAUUUAUAAAUGCACAUAGAACUUGGAAAGUAAGCAUAAAUUAAACAAUCAAGGAAUCAGUGAAAACUACAUUUACCAUCUCUGAUUUUUAAUUCUUAUAACAAAUUAUACAAUUAUGCAAGUGUGAGUAAAAAAUAUGUUUAUAUUAUAUUAAAUUAUAUCUAUUAAGAGUUUCUGCAGUAAAUUUCACCAUU